UGCCGCCACACUCUGUUAACUCCGGGGGCCCAAAGUCCUUCCAUGAGUAACUGGGCAGCCCUCCCGGCUCUUAGGGGCGCUCCCAGUCCCCGGCCCUCCAGGGAGCGCGGUGGUCGCAGCGGGCGAUGGAGCGGGCCGGCGGCCACGUGGAAGACUUGCCCCUCAACGUGUUCUCCGUGACCCCCUACACGCCCAGCACGGCCGACCUCCAGGUGUCAGAUGACGACAAGGCGGGGGCCACCCUGCUCUUCUCAGGCAUCUUCCUGGGGCUGGUUGGGAUCACGUUCACCAUCAUGGGCUGGAUCAAAUACCAGGGGGUCUCUCACUUUGAAUGGACCCAGCUCCUUGGGCCCAUCCUGCUGUCAGUUGGGGUCACGUUUAUCCUGAUCGCUGUGUGCAAGUUCAAAAUGCUGUCCUGCCAGGUGUGCAGAGAAGGUGAGGAAAGGGCCCCGGACGCGGAGCAGACGGCAGGAGGACAGUCGUUUGUUUUCACGGGGAUCAACCAACCCAUCACGUUCCACGGGGCCACGGUGGUGCAGUACAUCCCUCCUCCGUACGGUUCCCAAGAGCCCCUUGGGGUGAACGCCACCUUCCUGCAGCCAGGGAGCCCCUGCGGCCCCACGCCCGGCCCUCCCCACUACUACACCAUCUACCCGGCGGACAACGCGGUGUUCGUGGGCGACCAAGGUGGCCCGUCAUCCGCGGGGGGCCGCGACAGAUCUGGCCCCGCAGCCCACCUGCUGGAAGCCACCCCGCCGGGGGUCGAGGUCUUCUCUCCUCCCCCAUAUGAGGAGCUGUACUCCCCUCCUCGCCAGCCCACCAUGCUGACCCAGGUGCUCCCUCCGUGACCCCCAGCUCAGCCCGCGGCCCAGGAGCCUGACCCCCGACCCCUGGGGGGGCUCAGAUUGGUGAAAAUGCGGCCGGAGAGGGGCAGCUGCCUUCCGGUCCAGCUGGACCUGCCCUGCACAGGGCUCAGGGGCAGGAACCUUCCUCGGGCCACCACCCACCCCUGGCCUACAGGAAGGCACUGGUGUCUCAAUUUAAAGCCAGCAGCCGACGGAAAAAUCACUGCUGCUGUGACUCUGGGAGUUUCCACGGCAGCCGGGGGUUGGGGAGCGGGGGGAUGAGUGGGCAGAGAGUGGGGAAGCUCUCCAGGCUCAACUGGAGGUGUCCUAGGACCUCUUCCCAGCCCCCUCCUACAGGGCGGGGGGUGGGGGGUGGUGGUGCAGAUUCCCAAACACUUGGUUGCCAUCCAGUGUCCCUUAAGGACUCUGGGUAUCUUAAAGGCUGCACAGCAUUUUAUUAGUGGAAUAAAAUAAAACAAUAUAUCCUGUUUUUUAAAAAAGGAUUAGAUAGCUGGCAGCAGAAUAAAAUAAUAACUGUACAAAAUAAAUAUGAUGGGCAAUGACAUAAAUAAAUUCUUAUCACUGGGUCACGGUGACUCUUGGCAAGGCGAGAGCUCGCUGUGUGCCCCCAGGCCGGGAUCUGUGCUACACACGAGCUACCCCAGCCCAGUGACCAAGAACCUGGAGCCUUCUCUAAGCACCUGUGGAUGAGUUCUGCGAAAUCAGACAAAAUAGAGAUUCAGGGCAAUACCUGGAAAACCACAAAUCAUGGAAACGAUUUUUAAGGUCAAGACAAACUCACCUUCUUUAUAAAAGAAGUUGGUGCUGUUAAUCUUCCAGAAUCUGAACUGUGUAAUAAACAACCACAACCCGUCAAAGACUUAAGAAGAGACAGUUACAACUAUCGGGUUUUAAAAGAAAAUAUUUUCCUUAUUUUCCUACCACAUGAGAUAAGGGAGGCUCAUCCCAAAGGAGGAUAGGAUUCAGCAAGCAAUUCCUUAAGAUUUUGGUACCAUAUUUAUAUAUGGAGUGAUUUUUACUGAUUUUUAUCAAAAACAUCUAGUUUUCCAAGGAUAUGAUUAAAAUAUGGUUGGUACAUUAUUGGCAUGGUUUGUAUUAUAUCUUAGAAACAGAACAUUUUUAUAUGAGAAUUCAUUUUGAUGUUUGAUGAUAGGAGGUGAUGGAAAAAAAACACAGGAUUCUGCAUGCAGAAAGAAUAUUCAUGAAAUAGUGGAUUCCUAGCCAUCGGUUCUGGGGAGGAAAUGGGGUGACAGGGACACAGCGGGGCAUCACUGGCUGUGCCAUCCCGGCAAUGACACCCUGCAGGAUUGCCUCCCUGGCCCCUUCUCUGCUCAUCCUCACUUACCCCACAGCUUUAUAUUCCUGGAUUUGGGUUAUAAUGAGCAUCAAGGGAGGCUCAUGUAGGAAAAAGACGUUGAGGAAGGGCGUCCGUGUGUGGGAGCAAGGCAGAUAGGACCGCGAUCCAUCCCGCUGACGCCGGGAGUCCCAUGUGCAGCCAAGUGGCCUUGGGGAGUUUUAGCUCCAGGCAGCAGAACUGCUCAGCGCCAACUGCCCCUGUUCUAAGAGGGGAGAAGUGCUAACAGACAGAUAACUGAUGCAUCGAGCUUCAGGAGCUCAAGGUGGGAGGCUGGCCUGCAACGGCGCGGGGUAGGGAAUUUGUUCAUUCAGUCAACGUUAGUUAUGGAGUCUCUGCUCUGCGGCAGGAUAUGGGCCAUCCAGUGGGGCUCCAACAGUGACAAACUCACCCAACUUGUGCUCACCAGAGCUUGUGCUGUGCGCUCACAGGGCGUGUGGCUGGGGUAGGGGUGGUAGGCGGGUCUGUGGGUUACUCUGACACCGUGAGAGGUGCUGUGGCUGGAAGAGGGAUCUGGGUGACGUAGGAGGGCCAUGGGGGCCUGCUGGAGGAAGUGAAGUCCGGGCCCUGGACUUGCAUGAGCCCAGGGAGCACUGCUCACGCCGGACAGCGUGCAACUGGUGUCUCUUGAGCCCCGAGGGCUGUGCUGGGAGCUGAGGGAACAGUGGCCGGUACCUAAUCAAAGAGAAUGAGGGACAUGCCUGGGACGCCCUCGAGUGGCCGAGUGGCCGGCAGCCCCGGGAGGCUCCCGCCGGCUGUGUAAACUGUACUGCCGGCCGCUGCAGCCUCACACAGCCCUUCCGCCACCUGACAAGCACCUCCACCUGCUGUCUGGCUUCUAGAUCCCUGCUCUGUCUUUAUAUGAGGGCUGCAGGCACCAGCAUGACGGGAAGCCCACCGCAUGGCUUUAGGAUUCCAACGCCAGGCCCUUCCUUGGCCUUUGACCAGCAAUGUCAGUCAACCAGAUACUUGCCCUCUCUCAUUCUUUCCUCCAGUAUCUGAUUGGGGAGGAACGGAGGACUGUGAUCUGGGGACAGUGGAUUAGAGUCUGUCUGGUCCUGCCUAGGAGGUCCACCCUGGGGCUACCGGUGUGGGAAGUGGCCCUGGCAGCCCACGGGGCCGUGUCAGCCUUGUCAGACAUCUCAGUGUGUGUCUGCAGAGCAACCGGAAAGCCAGUGAGCAGCCUUAACGAGGGGGGCCCUGGGCUCUGGGUCUAGACACUCACCAGUCAGGGCAAGGCCUAGAGCCAUGCAGGGUGGAACAGUGCCCUUGCUGGCAAAGCUCAGGUCUAAGUGACCACAACACCAGGAAACAUGCUUCUCAUCCGCCCUCAGCCGUCGGUGGGGUGCUGUGUGUGGGCACGAUCUGGCCGUGCAUACGGAAUCCUAAAGAAAGCUAAGAGGUCUUGUUAAUCAAAAGAGACAGGCUUCCUAAGAAUGUAAUGUUGUCUGGAAACAUGUCCCAGGAGCUGACCGGGGCUGGGCCUUUGGGCUGGAGAGAAUGACGAUAGCGGAUGAUCCAGACAGGGCAGGACAGGGAUUAUCUGGGCCUAUGAGAUGAGGCCCGCCACCCCGCACCCUGGGAAAGGCAUUACACAGAGCUCUUAGGGCUUCCUCUUUCUGCCCUGGGCCAACAGCGGGAUGGCCCUCCCUGCAGGUGGCUCUGCGUCUGCUCCCUCCUGCAGAGCUCUGGGAGUAUCUUACACGGAGCGGGGGCGGGGGGCCCUUCCCGGAGAUGCAGUCUUUCCCCCUCUUGCUCUGCUGUGCCAGGUACGGGUCUUGGUUUCAAUUGCACUGAGUGGCUCUCUACUACAAAAUCAGCCUUUUUAAUGCCCUCCCCACUUUCUUGGCAGAGGGUGCGGCAACCGCAUAAAAAUAAGGCCUCUUGUUUGUGAAGAGCUGGCUGUGGGUGUCUGUUCCCAGCUUCUGACCUCUGGGCGCUCACCGGCCUUGUUUAUGCUGGACCCCAGGAGCAGGGCUGGCCGAGGCCCCACGCCCCCAGACAGAAGCUCCGCAGAGUGACCGUGGGGUAGGCCUCUUACCAACAGAGGGCUUUCUGCCGGGUCCUGAGCAGUGGUCAACGUGCCAGGCGCCGUCUGCUGCUCACAGCACUUGGCCCUCACCAAAGGCCUCACGCAGGGCCCUGCACACAAUCGGCACCCAGCUCCUGGUGAAUGACAGGGUGAGAGAGAGAAAUGAAGAACUUUUCAAACAGAUAAUUCAGGACCACUUUGGUUCAACUUAACUGUUCUGGUGUUUUCUACAUUAUGAAAAAUUUCAAACAAAUACAAGAGUCGAGAAAAUAGUACAUAGAACCCUGUGUGGCCAUCACCAACCUCAACCCGUGGCCAAUCCUGCUGCAAUUACAGCCCCAUCCACAAUCCCCCAACUGGAUUUUUAUUUUUUAAAGAUUUUAUUUACUUAUUCAUGAGAGACAGAGAGAGAGGCAGAGACCCAGGCAGAGGGAGAAGCAGGCUCCAUGCAGGGAGCCCGACGUGGGACUAGAUCCCUGAACUCCAGGAUCACGCCCUGAGACAAAGCAGAGCUUAACCGCUGAGCCAUCCAGGUGUCCCAGCCCCACCUGGAUUUUUAUUAUCGUUUUUCAGGGUUUUUCAGCUUUUUAUUUUUUUUAAGAUUUUUUCUUCUUUUUUUUAAAAUGGGGGUAUAACUGACAUACAACAUUAUGAGUUUCAGGUGUACCAUAAGAUGCUUUGAUAUUUGUAUCACCCAACUGGAUUUUUAUAAGGAAAUCAUAUCAUCCUAAAAUAUGUCAUUGUAUAUCUUUAAAAGGUAAAGACUCAAAAAAAAAUCACACCAUUAGUAUGUCUAAAAAAAUUUACACUUAAUGUCAUCAAAUAUCUAGCCAGUGUUCAAUUUACCCUGAUUUUCUCUAUUUUAUUUUUAUGUCUUCAUUUGCUUGAAUCAGGAUCCAAGUGAUAUCAGCUUUCUGCUUAAAUGCAUCCUAAAUUUCUAGUUAUACUGUAUUUUGGGAGGCAAAUUAUUCAUGGUAGCAGAUUUAUAUUUACUAAAUUUCACUUUCCAAAUGAAAAUGUUUUUUUAAGAUUUUGCACUUUGUAUCUCCUUCUCUGUCAGUUUCCCUGGACCUCUAGGACUUUUUGGGAAUUAGAAACUUAUUUUUUUCUGACUUUAGCAUAUUACCAGAUAUUUUUCUAAACACGGGGCUAGAAAUAAUAGAUAUAUGAAAACAAAAAGAGAUCUUUAAGUGACUGUUUACAUGUUGAGAAAUAUCUGUUGCAGAAUAGUUUCUUUUUUUUUAAUUUUUAUUUAUUUAUGAUAGAGAGAGAGAGAGAGAGGCAGAGACACAGGCAGAGGGAGAAGCAGGCUCCAUGCACCGGGAGCCCAACGUGGGAUUCGAUUCCGGGUCUCCAGGAUCGCGCCCUGGGCCAAAGGCAGGCGCCAAACCGCUGCGCCACCCAGGGAUCCCGCAGAAUAGUUUCAAGAGUAUCUGAAGACUCUGACAACCUUUAGCAUUUUUGACUUGGUAGGAAAAAAAAAACUUCUCGGGAAGGUUUCAUCAUUUACGGGGUAAGGUCUCGAUGAAAACUCCUCCAAACAUUUCAGAAGUGGGAACCAGAGUCUCCUCUUUUAGAAAUAGCAGGCAAAGGCGUCUGGGUGGCUCAUGUGGUUGAGCCUCUGACUCUUGAAUUUGGCCCGGGGGGUCAUGAUCUCCGGGUCCAGGGAUCCUGCCCCAUGCUGGGCUCCCUGCUCAGUGGGGACCCUGCUUGAGAUGCUCUCUCUCCCUCUCCCUCUGCCCCUUCCCUCACUCACCCUCUCUCUCUCUCUCACAAAUAAAUAAAUCAAUCUCAUAAAUUAAACAAAUCUCUUUAAAUAAAUAAAGGGCAAAGCCUCUUGCUGAACAUUAAAAUAUUACCCGGUACAAUUUAAUUCAUGGGGGCUGUUGAUAAUGGACCUCUCACCAAUGAAUUCCCAAUUCUCCUCAAAUUAGAAAUAUAUGCAUUUUCUGGACAUGCCUACCACUCUUCCUUUGAAGGUGGUUGUGUGUGUGUGUGUGUGUGUGUGUGUGUUCACCUAUACCCUCUCAUAGAAUGUGAUUUAUGGAUUUCUUGCCCAUUUACUACCUGUAAAUCAUCAAGAGUUUUAUGUCCCAAGCAGUCAGCAGUUGGUUAUAAAAUCAACAGAGAGCUGUACUAAAUAAACCUUUACUGGAUGGCUCUUAAGAAUUGAUGACAAAUCAGAACGUGAAGACAACUCCACGGGAAUGAUUCUCACCUGCCUCUGGGAUACCACAAAGGUCUCAGAUAUGGGAAUUUUAUUUGUCUUGAGCUUUUAAGAAGAUUAAUAACCAGAUGAACUGGGAAGGAAAUCAGUGCUCUGGGUUCCAGAAGUUUUCUUCUGAAACAAAGAAUUUGUCCUCCGGCACAAAACUUACACAUGUGUAAAUCAUAGACACAAAUAUGUGUGCUGGAGUCUGCUGACACACAAGGGGCUGAAAAUGAAGCUUAGGUAAGAAGUCCGAGAUCUUCCUGUUUGAAUCCUUACAUUUAUUACUUUAAUAAAUUCUUAAAAAAGGAAUGUGUGUGUGUGUACACUUUUUAAAUAUAUAUAUUUUGGUGAGUAAUGUAAGAAUUGGUAAUGAUCAUUUCUGAGGCA